CGGCGGUGGAGGAACAGUUUGUUCUGAGCACCGAAUGGGGCAUACCCGGAAGUGGCGCCUUACAGGAGCCGCGCCGGCGCCGGGGCCGGGUGGCAGUACCGGGAGGUGAAGGGGACGCUACUGUACUGCAUGGCCUUCUUUGACUCCACGGCACCCUAAAAGAUGCUGGAGUCGUAUGUGACUCCAAUUUUAAUGAGCUAUGUGAAUCGCUACAUCAAGAAUUUGAAGCCAUCAGAUCUACAGCUUUCACUAUGGGGCGGAGACGUGGUUCUCAGCAAGCUCGAGUUAAAGUUGGAUGUGCUGGAACAGGAAUUGAAGUUACCAUUCACUUUUUUAAGUGGACAUAUUCACGAAUUAAGGAUCCAUGUACCAUGGACAAAACUGGGUUCAGAACCAGUGGUAAUUACCAUCAAUACAAUGGAAUGCAUUUUGAAACUUAAAGAUGGAAUGCAGGAUGACCAUGAAAGCUGUGGUUCUAAUUCUACCAACCGUAGUACUACUGACAACACAAAAUCAUCAGUAAAACCCCGAAGAAUUCAGCAGGUUGCUCCCACAGAUCCUGACUUACCACCAGGUUAUGUGCAAAGUCUGAUUAGACGAGUUGUAAAUAAUGUAAAUAUUGUUAUAAAUAAUCUCAUACUAAAAUAUGUUGAAGAUGAUAUUGUUCUUUCAGUCAAUAUUACUUCUGCAGAAUGCUAUACAGUAGGUGAAUUAUGGGAUCGUGCAUUCAUGGAUAUUUCUGCAACUGAUCUGGUGCUGAGAAAGGUUAUCAAUUUUUCCGACUGUACAGUUUGCCUUGAUAAACGAAAUGCUAGUGGUAAAAUAGAAUUUUACCAGGAUCCUUUAUUGUACAAAUGUUCCUUCAGAACUCGUCUGCAUUUUACAUAUGACAACCUAAAUUCCAAGAUGCCAUCUGUUAUUAAAAUUCAUACAUUAGUGGAGAGUUUGAAACUUUCUAUCACAGAUCAACAACUACCUAUGUUUAUCCGUAUAAUGCAACUUGGGAUUGCUCUUUACUAUGGAGAAAUAGGCAAUUUUAAAGAUGGAGAAACAGAAGAUCCUUUCUGUCACAAUAAAGAUAUGUUAGGAAACAUUACAGGUAAACUCACUGAAAUGCAAGCUGAGAGUAGUUAUUACAGCCCUCAAAAAGUAAAAUCUAAAGAAGCAUUGUGUUGGGAGCAGGAAGGAACUACAGUUGAGGCCCUUAUGAUGGGAGAGCCUUUCUUUGAUUGCCAGAUUGGUUUUGUAGGUUGCAGAGCCAUAUGCCUUAAAGGAAUUAUGGGUGUUAAAGAUUUUGAAGAGAAUAUAAAUAGAAGUGAAACUGAAGCCUGUUUCUUCAUUUGUGGUGAAAGUUUGAGUAUGAAAGGUUUAACAUACCUUACAAAUUCAUUGUUUGAUUACCGAAGCCCAGAAAAUAAUGGUACUCGUGCAGAAUUUAUCUUGGAUGCAGCUCAUCAUAAGGAGACAUAUACUGAGAUGGCUGGAAUUCAAAGAUUUGGGGCUUUUUACAUGGAUUAUCUCUAUACAUUGGAGAACACCAGUGGCAAAGGUUCUGGAAAUCAACAAGACUUUUCUUCAGGAAAAAGUGAAGAUUUGGGAACAGUUCAGGAGAAGUCUACCAAAAGCCUUGUUAUAGGUCCUCUUGAUAUUAAGGAUGAAAAUGAUACAGUACUGAAUACUGAGGAGGUGGCAUCUUUGGAGGAAUAUAUUCCUACUCGACAUACAAGUGUUACUCUACUCAAAUGUACCUGCACAGUUUCCAUGGCUGAAUUCAACUUGCUGGAUCAUUUACUACCUGUCAUUAUGGGAAAAAAGAGUUCAAGUAACUUCAUGAAUACCACCAACUUCCAGUCUCUUCGGCCCUUGCCAUCCAUUCAGAUAUUGGUGGAUAAAAUUAAUCUGGAACAUUCUGUGCCAAUGUAUGCUGAGCAGUUGGUGCCUGUGGUCAGCAGCCUUUCUCAGCCUUCUGAUAAUCUGCUUCACUAUUGCUAUUCACACUGCUACCUUAAGAUAUUUGGUUUCCAGGCAGGACUGAUGUCUUUGGAUUGUAGGGGAUCUUACUGCUUACCUGUACCGAUUAUUCCCUCUUUCAGCACUGCUCUUUAUGGUAAACUUCUGAAACUACCCACAUGCUGGGCCCAAAGAUCUCAGAUUGCUAUAAAUGAAGGCAUAUUUGAACUUCCAAAUCUCACAAUUCAAGCUACCAGGGCACAGACACUUCUGCUGCAAGCAGUAUAUCAAAGUUGGUCUCAUAUUGGAAAUGUCAGCUCUUCAGCAGUGAAUGAAGUUUUGAUGAAUGAAGUUUUCCAAAGUAUAGGUGUGAAAUCUAAGAAUCCCCUGCCAACUCUUGAGGGCUCAGUCCAGAAUGUUGAACUGAAGUACUGCAGUACAUCAUUGGUCAGAUAUGCCUCUGGGACCAUGGGAUCAAUAAAAAUUUGUGCCAAAGCCCCAGGUGAUAGUGGAAAGGAGAAGUUGAUUCCAUUGCUUCAGGGUCCUUCUGACACUAAAGACCUUCAUAGCAGCAAGUGGCUCAAUGAGAGUAGAAAGCCAGAAUCUCUCUUAGCUCCAGAUUUGAUAGUCUUCACAGUCCAAGUUCCACAAUAUAUAGACUACUGCCAUAAUUCUGGUGCUGUUCUUCUUUGUAGUAUACAAGGACUAGCAGUUAAUAUUGACCCAGUCUUAUAUACUUGGCUCACUUAUCAACCUCAGAAACGAGCCAAUAGACAUAUGCAGCAGCAGCCUGUGGUAGCUGUUCCUCUUGUUAUGCCAGUUUGCAGAAGGAAAGAAGAUGAGGUGUCUGUUGGAAGUGCGCCCUUGGCAAAGCAACAAUCAUAUCAGGCCUCUGAAUAUGCCAGCAGCCCUAUAAAAACAAAAACAGUAACAGAAUCCCGACCAUUGUCAGUUCCUGUGAAAGCUAUACUGAAUAUAUCUGAAGGCUGUGGAAGUCCUGAAGAAAGAAUGAAAGAAUUUAUUGGAGUAGUAUGGAAUGCUGUGAAGAGUCUCACAUUGCAGCUUGAAGUACAAUCUUGUUGUGUGUUCAUUCCAAAUGAUAGCCUGCCUUCCCCAAGUACAAUUGUAUUUGGAGACAUUCCUGGAACAGUAAGAAGUUGGUACCAUGGACAAACCAUCAUGCCAGGAACACUUGUCCUCUGUUUGCCUCAAAUAAAGAUUAUUAGUGCUGGCCACAAGUAUAUGGAACCUCUGCAGGAGAUUCCAUUUGUCAUCCCACGACCCAUCCUUGAAGAAGGUGAUGCUUUUCCUUGGACUAUCAGCUUGCAUCAUUUCAGCUUAUAUACCCUUUUCGGAAAACAAGUGACACUUUGCUUAGUGGAACCUAUGGGUUGUACCUCUACUCUGGCUGUCACAUCUCAGAAACUACUUGUUACAGGACCUGAUACAAGGCAUUCAUUUGUUGUCUGUCUCCAUGUUGACCUAGAGUCACUUGAGAUAAAAUGCUCAAACCCUCAGGUGCAGCUUUUAUAUGAACUAACUGAUAUCAUGAAUAAGGUCUGGAAUAAGAUUCAAAAGAGAGGCAGUCUCAGCCUUCCUUCAGCCUAUGCAGAGAGCAUGGCAGGGCCUGUCCCGGGCUCUCCAGUCAGGAGCAGCAUAGGCACAGCUCCUCCAGACACCAGCACAUGCAGCCCAUCUGCUGAUGUUGGAACUACUACUGAGGGAGAUUCUGUGCAAGCAGGUGAUGACUCACCAUUCUCAGAUUCUGUUACCUUGGAACAAACUACAAGUAACAUUGGUGGGUCCAGUGGACGUGUUAGUCUGUGGAUGCAGUGGGUGCUCCCUAAAAUUACUGUAAAGCUCUUUGCUCCGCAUCCUGAAAAUAAAGGCUCAGAUAUAUAUAUNGUCAGUGAACUAGAAGAUCUCAGUGCUUCCAUAGAUGUCCAGGAUGUAUAUACCAAAGUGAAAUGUAAAAUAGAAAGUUUCAAUAUUGAUCACUAUAGAAGCAGGCCAGGGGAAGGUUGGCAGUCAGGACAUUUUGAAGGAGUAUUUCUACAGUGCAAAGAAAAACCUGUGACAACUGCAAAGCUUCUAGAUGGCUCUCAUCAGCAGCAUGGAUUUCUCUCUUUGACAUAUACAAAAGCUGUAACAAAAAAUGUCCGCCACAAGUUAACAUCAAGAAAUGAGCGAAGAAGUUUUCAUAAGUUAUCUGAAGGUUUAACGGAUGGUUCCCCUCAUUUUCUUCAUGAAAUUCUUCUUUCAGCACAAGCUUUUGAUAUUGUCCUUUGUUUUCCUUUACUUAAUGCCAUUGCAAGUAUAUUUCAAGCAAAACUACCAAGGACCCAAAAAGAGAAAAGAAAAUCUCCUGGUCAGCCUAUGAGGACCCAUACACUGACUUCACGCAAUUUACCUUUGAUUUAUAUCAACACAAGUGUAAUUAGAAUUUUUGUUCCAAAAACAGAAGAAAUGCAGGCAACUAUUGAAGUUAAUCAGGCAUCAAAAGAAGACACCAUGGUUUUGAAGAUUGGCUCUGUUGCUAUGGCUCCCCAGGCUGACAAUCCCCUUGGCAGAUCUGUCCUCAGGAAAGAUAUUUACCAGAAAGCACUGAAUUUAGGAAUUCUUCGAGACCCGGGAUCAGAAAUUGAAGAUAGACAAUAUCAGAUAGACCUGCAAUCCAUCAAUAUUGGUACUGCACAGUGGGAUCAACUAAAACCAGAGAAGGAAGGUGGCACAGGAGGGGUGCUAAAAGAGAGUGAAAGAAAUUCUCAAAAUCCAGCCCUUGAGUGGAAUAUGGCCAGCAGUAUACAGCAUCAUCAAGAAAGAAGAGCAAUUUUGACUCCCAUUUUAACAGAUUUUUCUGUCCGAAUAACUGGAGCACCUGCCAUCAUUUUCGCCAGAGUAAUUUCUCCAGAAAAUAUGCAUACUGAGGAGAUUUUAGUGUGUGGCCAUUCCUUAGAAGUGAAUAUAACCACAAACCUGGACUUCUUCCUAAGUGUGGCUCAAGUUCAACUCUUACAUCAGUUAAUAGUAGCAAAUAUGACUGGACUGGAACCGUCAAGCAAGGCCACAGAGGUCUGUAAGCAAGAACAGAAAAAAAUGGAUACAUUUGAUGGAAGCAUGACUGAAACUUCAUCUCGGUAUAGUGGUGCUCAGGAUAGUGGAAUUGGCAGUGACAGUGUUAAAAUCAGAAUAGUACAAAUCGAGCAGCACAGUGGUACCAGUCAGCACCGCAUUGCCCGUCCAUCACGCCAUUCAUCGAUUGUAAAAAAUCUAAAUUUUAUUCCCUUCGACGUGUUUAUUACUGCAAGUAGAAUCUCAUUAAUGACCUAUUCCUGUACAGCCUUACCCAAAUCGAAAUUGCAAGAACAUAAGGAUAAUGAAAACACAGGCAAGAGUUCAUUAAAUCUCCCAGAAGUUGAUUCAGAUGUUGCUAAGCCCAGCCAGGCAUGUAUUUCCACAGUAACAGCAGAAGAUCUCUUAAGCAGCACCAUGUCUUUUCCUUCGGGGAAAAAGAUAGGGGUCAUCUCUCUCGAAAGCCUUCAUGCAGCCACAAGGUCAUCUGCUAGACAAGCACUUGGGGUAACUAUUGUUCGGCAGCCUGGGCGAAGAGGAACUGGAGACUUGCUGCUAGAACCCUUUUUGUACUUCGUUGUGUCCCAGCCUUCUUUGCUUCUGAGUUGUCACCACAGAAAGCAGCGAGUGGAAAUAUCCAUUUUCGAUGCUGUGCUUAAAGGGGUAUCCUCUGAUUACAAAUGUACAGAUCCUGGGAAGACUCUCCCUGAAGCCCUUGAUUACUGCACAGUUUGGCUGCAGACAGUGCCUGGAGAAAUAGACAGCAAAAGUGGUAUUCCACCUUCCCUUGUAACCCUACAAAUUAAAGACUUUCUUAAUGGACCAGCAGACAUCAACUUGGACAUAGCAAAGCCUUUGAAAGCAAACCUGAGUUUUACCAAGCUGGACCAGAUAAACCAUUUUUUAAAGAAGAUAAAAAAUGUACACAGCAAAGAGACAUCAGCCUUGUUGGACACCAUGCUGAAUCAAGAUGAGCUUGCAGACUCUAAAUGUUACCGUGGAAAGUUGUCUAAACCUAAAGUUCGUGGUGAUGGAACACAAAAGAUUCCAUUUCAAGAAAACUUGUGGAGAACUAUUUCCUGCUUUCAAAAAAUUUCUGUCCAUACUACUCAAAUUGUGGUCUCCAUGGAAACUGUCCCCCAUCCUAACAAACCAUGCCUGUUAGCAUCUUUAUCAGCCUUCAGUGGGAGCCUGAAUGUCAAAGCAGCACAAAAAGUACCUGGCUUCAUUCUUGGGUCAUCAUUUCUACUCAGCAUAAAUGAUUUUCUCCUUAAAACAAAUCUCCGAGAAAGAAGUCGGAUUCUGAUGGGACCAUGUUGUGCUACUGCCAAUCUGGAAGCAAAAUGGUGUAAACACAGUGGCAGUCUAGGCCCGGAACAGUCUGUACCAAAAAUAUCCAUUGAUUUAAGAGGAGGUCUGCUACAGGUUUUCUGGGGUCAAGAACAUUUGAAUUGUUUAGUUCUUCUAUAUGAGUUACUCAGUGGAUACCUUAAUGAGCAGGGAAAUUUUGAAGCACAAGUUUCUGAAGCAAUACUACAAAUGUCAUCUCUUGUGGAAAAGAAUCAGAUGUUUAAAAGUGAACAAAGUUCAGAUGACCUACGGACAGGUCUAUUUCAGUAUAUACGAGAUGCUGAACCUUUGAAAAUGCCUGGUGUCUAUGAAGUCCUGUUUUACAAUGAAACUGAAGAUAACCCAGGGAUGAUGUUAUGGAGAUAUCCAGAACCUAGAGUGCUCACUCUUGUUCGAAUAACUCCCGUGCCCUUCAACACCACAGAGGAUCCAGAUAUUAGCACAGCAGACCUUGGUGAUAUGCUGCAGAUUCCUUGUAGUUUGGAAUACUGGGAUGAACUCCAGAAGGUUUUCGUUGCAUUUCGAGAAUUUAGUCUGUCUGAAAGCAAAGUGUGUGAACUGCAGUUGCCAGAUAUCAAUCUUGUGAAUGACCAGAAGAAACUGGUAUCCUCGGAUCUUUGGAGAAUUGUCUUGAACAGCAGUCAGAGUGCAGCUGAUGACCAAAGCUCUGCAAGUGAAUCUGGUUCUCAAAGCACUUGUGACCAACUUGUAACCCCACCAGCCCUGGCUGCAUGUACCAGAGUCGACUCCUGCUUUACCCCGUGGUUUGUCCCAUCUCUCAGCAUUUCCUUCCAGUUUGCUCACCUGGAGUUCCGUCUUUGUCAUCACCUUGAUCAACUGGGCACAGCUCCACCACAAUACCUGCGGCCAUUUCUUUCUGAUAAAAAUGUGCCAUCAGAACUAGAAUACAUGAUUGUUUCCUUCAGAGAACCACACCUGUAUCUUCGGCAGUGGAACAAUAGUUCUACCUGUCAGGAGAUCCAAUUCUCAGCUCAAGCAGACUGUAAACUUCUGGAGUGCAGAAAUGCCACGAUGCAAAGCAUGGUGAAGCCCUUCAGCAUCUUUGGACAGAUUGCAGUUUCCAGUUAUGCAGUAGAAAAGCUGCUUGACUGCACCAUCACCAUUGACUCUGUAUUUGUAAACUUUGGGCAACAUGUAGUUCAUUCUCUCAGCACUGCAAUACAAGCUUGGCAACAGAACAAAUGCCCUGAGGUAGAGGAGCUGGUCUUCAGCCAUUUUGUGAUCUGUAAUGACACACAGGAGACACUGCGGUUUGGCCAGGUGGAUUCUGAUGAAAAUAUUCUGCUGGCGAGUCUCCAUAGUCACCAGUACAGCUGGCGCUCUCACAAAUCCCCACAGCUGUUGCACAUCUGUAUUGAAGGUUGGGGCAAUUGGCGUUGGUCAGAGCCCUUCAGUGUGGACCAUGUUGGGACUUUCAUUAGAACUAUUCAGUACAAGGGCCGAACUGCUUCACUCAUCAUCAAGGUUCAGCAGUUCAGUGGAGUGCAAAAACAGAUUAUCAUCUUUGGAAGACAGAUCAUCUGUAGUUACUUAUCUCAAAGCAUAGAACUAAAGGUCGUUCAGCAUUAUGUUGGUCAAGAUGGACAAGCUGUAGUUCGAGAACAUUUUGACUGCCUCACAGCCAAACAGAAAUUGCCUUCAUACAUCCUAGAAAACAGUGAACUGACAGAGUUGUGUGUGAAGGCCAAAGGUGAUGAAGACUGGUCAAGAGAUGUGUGCCUGGAAUCCAAGGCCCCUGAGUAUAACAUUGUCAUUCAGGUGCCAUCUUCAAACAGUUCCAUAAUUUAUGUCUGGUGCACAGUUUUGACUUUAGAACCCAACUCUCCAGUGCAACAACGAAUGAUUGUGUUCAGCCCUCUUUUUAUCAUGAGGAGUCAUCUAGAAGAAGAUGAUCCUUCACAUUGUGCAGUUCCCAUCUCAACAUCCCUCAUUAAGCAAAUAACCACUAAGAUACACCCUGGAGGCACAGUUAAUCAGAUCCUUGAUGAAUUUUAUGGGCCAGAAAAAUCCCUUCAACCCAUGUGGCCCUAUAAUAAAAAGGAUUCUGACAGGAAUGAACAGCUGAGUCAGUGGGAUAGCCCGAUGCGAGUGAAGCUGUCAGUCUGGAAGCCAUAUGUUAGAACCUUGUUGAUAGAACUUCUGCCCUGGGCCCUGCUUGUCAAUCAGUCCAAGUGGGACCUCUGGCUCUUUGAAGGAGAGAAGAUUGUUCUCCAGGUUCCUGCUGGCAAAAUUAUUAUCCCUCCUAAUUUUCAGGAAGCUUUUCAAAUUGGAAUAUACUGGGCAAGUACAAAUACUGUGCACAAGUCAGUAGCAAUUAAACUGGUCCAUAACCUGACUUCUCCAAAGUGGAAAGAUGGAGGUAAUGGUGAAGUUGUAUCUUUGGAUGAAGAUGGGUCCGUUGAUGCUGAAAUAAGACUUGGUGCUUUCCCAGGACAUCAGAAGUUAUGUCAGUUCUGCAUUUCUUCCAUGAUACAGCAAGGCAUACAAAUUAUUCAGAUUGAAGAUAAAACUACCAUAAUCAAUAAUACGCCAUAUCAGAUAUUUUAUAAACCACAAUUAUCUGUCUCCAAGCCCCAUUCUGGAAAGGAGUAUUUUCCCAUUCCAGAUAGUGCUACAUUCAGCGUCUGCCCAGGUGGAGAGCAGCGUGCUGUGAAAUCCAGCUCCCUGCCUUGCUGGGACUUAAGGCCUGACAUCAGUCAGUUGCCUUUGGAUGCAUCCCUGCUUCAGAAGCAGAUCUUGCUGGCCUUUGCUCCUGACGCAGGUGCUGACCACUCACGGGGCUGGAGCCUGCCAGCGAUGGUUAGGCAAGACUUUCCCAGGCAAAGUGUGGCUGUGCCCUUCCAGAAUUGUAGGGAAAAUGGAUUUUGUACCAGGGCUAUCGCACUGACAUAUCAAGAGCACUUUGGGGUGAUCUAUUUAACCCUCUCAGAAGACCCAAGUCCUCGAAUAAUCUUCCAUAACAGAUGUCCAGUAACGAUACUUAUAAAGGAAAAUCUUAAAGAUAUUCCAAAGUUUGAGGUUUAUUGCAGAAAAGUUCCUUCUGAGUGCUCCAUUCAUCAUGAGCUAUAUCAUCAGAUUUCCAGUUAUCCGGACUGCAAGACCAAAGACUCUCUUCCUAGCCUCCUUUUGAGAGUAGACUUGCUGGAUGGAACGACAACGGAAUGGAGUGAUGCCAUUGACAUCAACAGUCAGGGAACACAGGUUGUGUUCCUGAUUGGCUUUGGCUGUGUAUAUGUGGACAUUGUCCAUCAGUGUGGCACAGUCUUCAUCACUGUGGCCCCAGAAGGAAAAGCAGGACCUAUUUUAACCAAUACCAACAGAACCCUGGAGAAGAUUGUGACGCUCAAAGGGCUCAUCACUCAGUUGAGCCUGGCAGUCUUUGAUGACCUGACCCACCACAAAGCAUCAUCGGAGCUCCUGAGGCUCACACUGGACGGAGUCUUUCUCCACGUGGCCCCUGCAGCGGGCCACCUCCCCGGGGACGAGCCUGCUGCCGCGCUCUGUGAGCUCUACUGCGUGGAGGUCUACUGUGGGGACCUGCAGUUGGACAACCAGCUGUAUAACAAGUCCAACUUCCACUUUGCUGUCUUGGUCUGCCAGGAAGAGAAAACAGAACCUACUCUGUGCUCCCAAAUGCAGAGUCUCUUUGUGUCCGGCAAAGAUUUGGAAGAGUACAAGAAAAAUUGUUUUAUCAAACUUUGUCUCACCUUAACUGAGGGCGAGAGCUGCAUGUUUGAUAUUAAUGAGCUCAGUUUUGAAUUGAAACCUGCCCGGUUAUAUGUGGAAGAUACAUUUGUAUAUUAUGUCAAAACUUUGUUUGAGACCUACCUUCCUAGCAGUGACCCGGCGGGUCGCCCCACGAGACUCCGGGGCGGCGCACAGGUGCUGCCCAUGCAGGUUCGACAGCAUGCCAGGGCCUUGGUGAAUCCUGUGAAGUUGCGAAAACUGGUGAUACAGCCAGUGAGUCUCCUCGUCAGCAUCCAUGCUUCCCUCAAGCUGUACAUAGCCUCUGACCACACCCCGCUCUCCUUCUCGGUGUUUGAACGAGGCCCCAUCUUCACUACAGCCAGGCAGCUCGUCCACGCCCUGGCAAUGCACUAUGCCGCUGGGGCGCUUUUCAGAGCAGGCUGGGUGGUUGGAUCUCUGGAAAUCCUCGGCAGCCCAGCCAGUUUGGUGAGAAGCAUUGGGAAUGGGAUCGCCGACUUUUUUAGGCUUCCGUAUGAGGGGCUGACCCGAGGCCCAGGAGCCUUUGUGAGUGGAGUUUCCAGAGGGACGACAUCAUUUGUAAAGCACAUUUCCAAAGGCACCCUCACCUCCAUCACCAACCUGGCCACCAGCCUCGCCCGGAACAUGGACCGGCUCUCGCUGGACGAGGAGCACUGCACCCGGCAGGAGGAGUGGCGGCGGCAGCUCCCAGAGAGCCUGGGCGAAGGGCUGCGGCAGGGCCUGUCCCGCCUGGGCAUCAGCCUCCUGGGUGCGAUUGCUGGUAUUGUUGAUCAGCCAAUGCAGAACUUCCAGAAAACAUCUGAGGCUCAUGCUUCAGCAGGACACAAGGCCAAGGGUGUCAUCUCAGGCGUGGGGAAAGGAAUCAUGGGGGUGUUCACAAAGCCCAUUGGAGGAGCUGCUGAGCUUGUGUCCCAAACUGGCUACGGUAUUUUACAUGGAGCUGGACUUUCUCAGCUUCCCAAACAGCGCUACCAGCCAAGUGAUCUACAUGCUGACCAGGCUCCAAAUAGCCACGUCAAAUAUGUCUGGAAAAUGCUGCAGUCUCUGGGCAGACCAGAGGUCCACAUGGCCCUGGAUGUGGUUCUGGUGAGGGGCUCAGGCCAGGAGCAUGAAGGGUGCUUGCUGCUGACAUCAGAAGUGCUCUUCGUGGUGAGUGUCAGCGAGGACACACAGCAGCAGGCCUUCCCCAUCACGGAGAUCGACUGUGCACAAGACAGCAAGCAGAGCAACCUGCUGAUCAUGCAGCUGAAGCAGCCAAGAGUGGCUUGUGAUGUGGAGGUGGACGGAGUCCGCGAGAAACUGUCUGAGCAACAGUACAACAGACUCGUGGACUACAUCACAAAGACGUCCUGUCACCUGGCUCCCAGCUGCUCUUACAUGCAGACACCAUGCCCUGUAGUGGCUAUGGAACCUCUCCCCUCCACUGUGAAAACAUACCAUUAUAUGGUUGAUCCACAUUUUGCUCAAGUCUUUGUUAGUAAAUUUACUAUGGUGAAAAAUAAAGCCCUGCGGAAAGGCUUCCCUUGAGUCCCAGCUAAGGAACUGCAGCUGUGCAAUUUGUUUUUGAAAAAGAAACCAAACUAGCACUAACAUCUGAUACGGACACAAGGCCAACACUUUUCUAUAGUUUUAUAGGUAUAGUAAUUUUCUAGCAUCUUCUAAAGUUAAUUCAGAUUCUUAUCCCUAAAAUUAAGAAGAUACUUUACUUUAAAAUGGAGUGAUUAAAAAACACAUUCCUUUCUCACCUGGGAACAACAAUUAACAAAAUCUAAGUGUUGUAGUCUUGUCACACAGAAAAUGUAUAUUCUUUUUUGCUCUGUAAUGGUAUUUGCUAAAAUUUUGACUAUAGUUAGGAUCUUUUAUAUAAUUAGGAUCUCUCUGCUAUAAUGGAAAAUAUGGUCAGGCUUUAGAAUGGGAACUUCACCCCCAGUUGUAUCUGUCUUUAGGAUGAGACAUGAUCUUUGCCUUAUACCCUCAUCUGCAAAGGUUUGGAUUCUUCAAAUUAAAUUAAAUGCUUAGGAUUUUGUUUAAUUGAGUAAAUCUGUGACUUAAAUGCAAUGCUGUCCUUUAAUUGAAAGCUGCUAUGUGUAGUUUUUAAAUAUAGUUUUAAAAAAAACAGUCUGCAUUUUACUGAAAUUUACAAAACAUUUUGACAAACUGUCAGAUACACUGUGGAAAAAAUGUCUUUCCAGUUUGUUUUACUAGGCAAACUUAGAUUAAUCUUGUGUCUACUGAUGAAAAUAGACCCAAAGUGCUCAGGUGAGUUUCUUUGUUUCUAUAAAUAAAACAUACUAAGCACUCCCUUUGACAGGCCCCUGCGGAAAGGGUCUGAGGAUUCACAUACCCUGGUGCACCAUGUACCCUGGUGCACCACGUACGCUGGAGCCAAGAACACCGUCAACCUUAACAAUGUACCAGUCCAAGUAGUUUAUUUUGCUGAACUGACUUGAUCAAGCAUAAAAGUAUUCCUCAUGUCUGAUACUAUUUUUCAUUUAAGGAUGGGUUUGGCUCAAGAUCCUGGGUCACCAAGUAGCUUCAAUAUUCAGUAAAUAUCUUACACACUGAUUAAAACACAUUUUUACUGAUUACUUCGAAACCUGGGCCUAUAAUCUGUUACCAACAACUGUGAGAUGGUAGGAAAACUCAGUUUCAAAUGCCCACUGAUCUUUAAGUUUCACAUAUUAUUGGGCAUAAGAAGUCACUGCAUAGUUGUUUCUGGAAGAGACUUAAUGGACAAUUCAGGCUGAGUAUAGAAAAUGGUUCCUCCACUAGUCUGCUGUGUCAUACUCAUUCAGGAAAGUGACAGUUUGGUCAAUUAACUUCAAGAAUAACUAUUUUUAAGAAUAUAAAUAUUCUUGUAUCUUUUACGGUGAUUUUGCAUACUACUUCUAAGAAUUGUUAAAUAAAAUUGUUUCAAAUAAAAGGAAUCCUUGAAUUACCACACAUAAGUGUAUUACCACAUAUUUUUAAAGUGCAGGUUUUCACUGAUAACUAGGUUUAAAACUGCUCAUAUUAUUAAGACAAGAAUUUUGCACAUGAGUUAAAGUUUUUGUUAUCCUAAUAAAAUGGAGAAAGGUCCUGUUAGCUUUUCGUUAAAGCAAUAUGGGGUAAAGAACUUUAAAUUUCAACUGUCUAUUCCCUCUGUCUGGUUGACCAACAGGGCUACCAAGCAGUAACAAUGAAGCCCACAGACCUAUUUUAUUGAAAAAGAGUCUCUAUCCCUUCUGAAACCCCACAGUAUAGACACAUGGUCUCAGGACCAAGAAACUGUGCCUAGCAGUAUC